AUCGUUCCCCUUACCUCAUAUCGAAUCCAUCUAUAUCCGUUUGGUGCUGGAGCCGCAAGCGUUAACCCUCUCUCCCCAGCCAAAACCCCAGCUUCAGAAGCAGAGCGGAGGAGAUGCGGACACGGAUUUAACGUAAUAAUAAUGAUUUGAAUUGGAUAGAAGGAGGAGAAGAAGAAGAAGAAGGAAAUCGCGAAGAAAAGAUUUCUAAAUUCCUCUCUAGCCUUCAUCCAUGGCCUCCAUCUCUACCUCCUUCCCUCCUCCACUCUACCGCAACUCCGUCCCUUUUCGCCCCUCCUCUCUAAUUCUCCCUUUCAUCUCUCUCCCAACCCCAUUCCUCCCGAGGUUGUUAGCUCUCAGAGCCACGGGGACGGAUGGAAUCCGGGUCAGGAGCCACGGCCCCCAGGAUCCGGCCCUCCUGAGGAGGCCAUCGCCUCCUUCGCCGGAAGACGGAGAUUCUGCGAUCAGUUCCGACGUGGACGCCGUGGACGGAAACCCGGGGGAAGAGGAGAAGAUCAGAAGCAAGAGGACGAAGGAUGAGGAAUUGGUGGACUGGGAGGAUGUGAUCCUGCAGGACACUGUGCCCCUUGUCAGUUUUGUCCGGAUGAUCCUCCACUCUGGAAAGUAUGAAAACGGUGACAGACUAAGUCCAGAACAUGAAAAAACAAUUCUGGAAAGGGUGCUUCCAUAUCAUCCACAGUUUGAAAAGAAGAUAGGAUGUGGAAUUGAUUUUAUCACAAUAGGAUUUCAUCCAGAAUUUGAAAACUCCCGUUGUCUGUUCAUAGUACGAAAGGAUGGUGAGAUGGUUGACUUCUCAUAUUGGAAGUGCAUAAAAGGUCUUAUAAGGAAGAACUACCCCCUGUAUGCAGAUGGUUUCAUUCUCAGACAUUUUCGGAGACGCAGGCAUACUGAUUGAAGUGACUCGCGGGACAAGUGUGCCCUUAUGUGUGUAUGUGUCUAUAAUUACAGGUCAUAUCCUGAAUUGUCUUAAUUAAGGUAGCACUCUUUUCUGCUUCUUAUUCAGCAGCAACCUUGUAAUUUUUUUAUUUAUCUACAAAAUGGAGAUUCGUUAUUGGAAGGCCUGAGUCUCGUCUUUGCAACCAUAUGGAGUGCUGACACUGUCCAAGAGCUUUUAACAGGUGACGCCGAUUAUGUGGUUUGCUGGUUUCUUUAGAUUAAUGGUCAUCAACACGUUAGAGAACGUAUGGUUGGUGGUAGUUCUUGUAAUACACUUUAUGGGAAUAAAGUAUAUCAAUGAUGAAGA